AUGGUCCACCCUGACUCGCAGCUUUCCACCCUCACCGGGGAGACCAUCGUUCGCAAGUGCCUCACCAUCCGAGGGGUCCACAAUUACACGCCGUGGAACCUGAGCGAGGCGGUGGGGUUCCUUGACCGACACAAGGGGUCGCUUCCCUUCGAGUCGGUGCUCGCGCCGUCCUCGCACCCGCUCAGCAAGAUAGACGACGCGGUGGCCGAAGCACAGAAGGGUCGCUACUGCCGCGUCGCCGUCGACUGCGCGAGUGUCUGA